CUUCCACCGCGAGGAGACGUUCCGUACGUCGUUCUUACGCCGUACACACCGCGGCAGAAUACAACUGCACCGCGGAGCCCGAUUAAUAAAGGAAACCGUGCCGCGACGCCCACAUCGCUUCGGAACAGCAUUCGGGACGAAAUCGUAAAACCAUGAAGCGCCUGCUGACGAUCGUCGUCCUCGUGGCUGCUGCCUCGACUGCCAUCGAGGCGGAAACCUUCAAGAUUACAGAUAAGGUGUACUUCGACAUCAUGAUCGAUAAUCAUCCAGUUGGAAGAAUCGUCAUCGGUCUGUUCGGUGACAUCGCACCGAAAACAGUGAAAAAUUUCAUCACUCUCGCCACCACCGGCGUGGCUGGCAAAAAGUAUACGGGAACCAGAUUUCAUCGAGUGAUAAAGAAGUUCAUGAUUCAAGGCGGUGAUGUCGAAAAUGGCGACGGUACUGGCUCCAUCAGCAUUUAUGGCAAAUACUUCGAGGAUGAAACCUUCGAGGUGAAACACAACGGACCACUGUUCGUUAGUAUGGCGAACGCCGGCAAGGAUACUAACGGCUGCCAAUUUUUCAUCACCACGAUAGCGACACCUUGGCUAGAUGACCAUCAUACGAUAUUUGGGAAGGUGGUUAGCGGCGAAGCUGUGGUCUUCAAGAUCGAGCAAACCAAAACGGACAGUGACGACGUUCCGCUCAUCCCUGUGGUGAUCUACGAAAGCGGAAUUCUCCCAACAGAACCGUAUACUAUAUCGGACAACCCUUACGAUGUAUGGGCGUGGAUCAAAGCUACCUGCGUACCACUGGGAUUCAGCUUCUCGAUACUCGCAUUUUUUCAUUACAUGAUGAAACAGUUGGACGUCUAAUCGACAUUUUCUCUCGUGAAAGACUGACUUAAGCCGAAAAGGAGAGACUCGGUAGACCCCGAAAACGUCGUCAACCGCUAAAAAUCAUAUUUAUUUUUUAUAAAAGAAGCUAUAUUAAAAAUUAUUAUUAUACAUUAAUUGCGUGUGAUUCUAAUAACACGCAAUCGCAUUGUACGUAUAUAUGUAACCGAUAGAGCAAGCUCGCUUCUUUGACAACGCGGCUUCCCCGCCGUGUGGGACGUUAAGCGCCAUCUCUGUACGGACCGCGAGGUUUCACAGAAAGGACUUUAUUUAUUCUAUAAUAAAUUAAUUUUUUAAUAAAUUA